AUGGGGCAGCCAACUUCGAAGCAGGGAGUCCAAGAUGUUGUGAAGGCGAAGACAACUCCAAGUGGCGAGAUCAUUUUGAUCUCUUCGCACAGUUUCCAGACUUUGAUUGGAAGCAUCAAAUCGCUGGAAGAGAUCGCAAAGUGGGUGGACGAUGAUGGGCUAUCCCAGCUGGGAACUCAGUCGAGACUGCGUUGCACCGGCUCCAAGUUUCGCAGGGGCAUCUAUGCGACGACCCCUGAGAUGCUCCACAGCAAGCUGCGAAUGGUUCCCGAGCCAAAGCCGCCAGGUGCUCCGCUUCUGGUCUUGCUUGCGCCUGGCAAUGGCUGUCAGUCUGCAGGUAUGCUGAAGCCAAGCUUGGAAGCAAUUCCAGCAGCCAGGCAGAUCUUUGAGGAGAUAAUGUUGGCUUUCCAGUCCAGCACGUCGAUUGACUGGUCAUUGCUGGUUGGUUGUCAGGAUCCAUCGACAUUGUCCACUUUUGAUCAGCAAGCGCUCUUGUUUGCCCAUUCCAUGGUGAUGUCCAACCUGAUGGCGAAACUCGGCUUGAAACCGGAUGCUGUGCUGGGCCAUAGCGCAGGGGAACUGACUUGUGCUUGUGCCUCUGGAGCCCUUGACAUUGCCCACAGCUGCCGGCUGUUUUUGGCCAAGGUGAGCAGUAUGGAUGCCAUGACAUCUACAGAUGCGGAGGGAUCUAUGGCAGUGACCAACUUUGGAGCAGAAAUUUUCGAGGUAUUGGAGUCCUUCAACGCGCAUCUGCCUGAGGAGGAAAAGGUGCUAGUCGCAGCUGACAACAGCAGCAGCUGUUGCACUUUGACUGGUCUCAAGGCAUCGUUGUCCAAGCUCAAAGCGUCCCUUCCAGAAGAGCUCAAGGCGUCUUGGAAGGAUAUGGGAUUACCCCGUGCCUAUCACCAUCGGGAACUUUGCAAAGGAGCUGCUGAGCAUUUCGAACAGCAGUACUGCGAGGAAGUUCCUCGCGAAUUGUCCAGUCGGUUCUUCUCCACGGUGACGGGCAAAGAGCUGUCAGCUGCUGAGCUGACGAAAGACUACUGGAAGAGGCACACCCUUGAGCCAGUGAGGUUCCGUGAGGCGACAGCGGAAGUGCUGAAAGCAUUGCGGGGUGAUUCAGACCGACCAAUUGUUUUUGUGGAGCUGAAAGCACAGAACCAACGUCACAUCCUGCAGGCAGCCCAAGAUCUUGGCAUGAACCAGGUGCAUUAUCAAUCCUUGACCCGAAAAGAGGAUGAGGUAGAGAAUUUUUGUGAAGCUGUUGCCAAGCUUUGGGAAUGGGGUUUGUCGGUUGAAUGUGGUGAAGUGUUCCCAGCUCGGAAGUUCACAUCUCGCCAUGACUUGAAGCAUGAGCCCCGCACUCAUUUCUGCCGUCAGCCUGCCUUUCAGCCACUUCCUACGGCACCAGGGAUUGCCAGCCCUGCUUCGAGCCAGAAGUCCUUGGCGAAUUCAAAGUCUGAAUCGAUGGACAGCACUGCAACUGUUUGGAGCAAAGAGCUGAGUCAUCCCAUUUUGAAGCAGCAUUUGUUCAGUGGAAAGGAACUUGUUCCUGCAGCAUUGAUUCUUGUUGCUCUGGUGGAUGCUGGGUAUUCGGACCUGCAGCUCAAAUUCAUGACGUCUUGCUAUGCACAUGGGGGGUCUGCUCAAGUUAUCUUGCAAGUUUUGGAUGGACACAUCACUGUGAAGAGCCCAGACCAGCAGAAUCACUAUUGUGAAGGGAUGGUGAACCCUGCCUGUAUUGCCCCAGCUGCAGAAUACUGGGUGGAAAAGUGGAAGGAGUUGGGCUCAUCCGACUUGCAGACACAGCGCAGCAAGCAGCUUCUUUCGCCUCUGAAAAAAACUUUGUCCGGGCUGAGAUUCAGACCACCUGCGUCUCAUAUGGAAGAAGUGGACUGUAAGGAUCUGCAAUCACUGCUGCAGAGUGGCGGUCUUUUCUUUGGCAGAGACUUGAGACUGUCUGGGAAGGUCCUUGUUGAGAACAAUCAGGGGCUGAAGUCGUCUUUCGGAUUGGCUCGUGUCCAAUAUGCUGAGAAACUCCAGGACUACAGUCCUGUGCUGAUCGAUCAAGCCAUCCAGGUUAGCCUGGCAUUGUGCCUUCAUCAACUGUCUGAAGUUGAACGGGCGAAAGGUGCAGUGCCCAUUCAGGUGGAGAAGUUCAGUGUCUUCCGACCCCAAAUCUUGGUUCGAUAUGACUGGCUCCAUUGUGUGGUGGAAGUGAAGCCGAAGGUCAUUGAUUCGGCCAUUUGUGCAUCCUUCGCGCUGAUUGCAUUCGGAUGGGACGCUGUGCCUUUGCAGGAGCUCAUGUGGCAGAUUCGGCCCACUGCUCUUCCACCAGCAGAGCCGGUGAAGCAGAAGAAGUUCCUGGCCUUCUGCGAAGAUUCGAUCGAUUCCAUCAUGGCCCAGCUCAUGAAGAAGAAUCAGGUGGCGCCAGCUGAUGUGAUCAUCAUAGGUGCAGAGGAGCAGCACGAGUCGGUCAGCCUUUCCAUUACUCAAACCCUGCAGAGGACAGGCACUUUUCUGGAGAAAAUUGAUGCCUUCAUCUUCGAGUGGACCAGUGGAGUGGACGUAGACCGGCUAGGUGAGCGCGAGGUCGAGGCAGCAGAUAGGAAGAUCAGGAGACAGUGCGCUGCCUUCCGGGAGCUCAUUAUCUUUGUCAGCACUGCUUCCCAUCCGAAAGACAUCUUGGUGAUCACCAAGGGCAGCCCUCAGUUUGCCGAGCAGAAAUCAGAGGUGAACCAUCCUGGCCCUGGGAUGUUUAUGGCGAUGACCAAGUCUUUGGUGAAUGAGGGUCAGCCUGGCAAGGGCCUUCUGCAUUGUAUCGAACUAGCUGACACCACAGCUGCCAGUAUCGAAACCUUGGCGAAGGAAAUCACCAACCCCCGAGCAAACACUUCGGAGAUCAGGAUUUGUGAUGGCCAAGCACAGCGACUGGAAUUGUUGCCAGAGCUGGUUUCCUAUGAUUCCCUCCUUCGCGGAAACUGCCUGAAAAAGGCCUCAACCGCCUCAACCUCAACCUAUGUCAUUUUGGGUGGAUUGAAAGGAGAGUCACUCUCUGCCCUGUUGCUGCAAUUCUUGGCCCAGCGACGACAUGGUGACAACAUUGUGGUGGUGGGCCGAAGUGGUCCCGAUGAGGCCUUCAAAAUCUUGCAAAAGAAGGUGGUGAAGGAAUUUGAUGUCCGGGUGAUUCCCAUCCAGGCAGAUAUCACCAAGCCCAACUCCUUAGCCUUGGCUUUGGAGAAGUUUGGCAUCAGGAGCAAAGAUGUGAAAGGAGUACUGCAUGGAGCUGCCUGUUUUGAUGGCGAUCGCAUGAUCCACAAGGUGACAGACGAACAGUUUGAGAAGACCCUUGCACCAAAGGUUCGCGGUAGUCUGGAGAUCGUGGCCACGUCCCAACGGGAGGAGUGGUCAUUGGAUUUCAUGUGGUACAUGUCGUCCGUGGUUGUCAGCCUUGGCAACUACGGCCAGGUGGCAUAUGGAGGAGGCAAUGGGUUCCAGGCCGACCUGGGGGUGUGGCAGUCGUGGCAGAACAAGACCAAGGUGCAGGUGAUCAAUUUCACGGUGGGUGUCAUGCACGGGCAGCAGAAGAUGCAGAAGAACCUGGAUGAGACCCGAGGAUUCCCGGCCAUCAACAAGGCCACCAUUUACCAGGCACUUGACGCCACGAUGCGUUUGGGUUUGCCCAUGGUCACCGUGGCCACCUUUGACCGCCAGAAGUUGGCCACCUUGGCGUUGGCCAACGACCCCUGCGUGGCGAGCCGCUUCCACACGGUGAUGGCCAGGUUCACCGGAGCUUGGGCGCCCUCCACGGCCACGUCCGCCACGUCCGCCACGUCUGCAGCGCCGAGCUCGGCAGCGAGUUCCGCCGAGUCCGUGGCAUCCGUGGCAUCCGUGGCAUCUGCGGCGCCGGUCAUGGCGGUUGCUCCAGCCUCGGAGCCAACAGCAUCGGUAGCCCCGGCUGUGGCUCCGGCAACUCCAGCAGCUUCCGUGGCGGAAAAGUUUCUUGGAAAGAUCAAAGAUGUCAUGGGGGUGACAGAGCUGGACAUGACCAAGUCCUUGGAGAGCCAGGGCAUGGAUUCCAUGACUGCGAUCGAAUGCCGACAGCAAUUGAAGGAUUCGUUGUCAGUGGAUGUGGAGCUAUUGGAGCUUAGUGAGAGGCCCCUGUCAGACGUGUUGAAGAAAGUUGGCUUUUAAGAUUUUCAAGAGUGCUUGACAUCGCCUUGCGUGGCACGACCCCGCGGGCAAAUUCAAUACGUGGCCUGAGCUGAGCUGUGCAGAGGGGUCCCG